AUGAAGCUCACCGAAGACGACCUCUAUCGCAACUCGACACAGUAUCGAAACUGGUCCUUUACUCGCGCACAACUUGCCGAACAACGUCUAAGGAUCAACCUUCAGGCCACUGAGCGCGUCAAGGCGAACCUUGCGCGAGUGCGAGCACAGCGCGCUCAGGAUGCUGUAGACAGUGAUGCUGCGCCACCUGGCGCGGACAAGGAGAAUGCGAGCGGGGCAAAUACUCCCAAUUCAGGAAUGCAGACGACGACUGAGGUCAAUUGUCUGACUGCCGAAGAGGAACUCACCGUGGUCAAUGAGUUUUGCGAACGCGCCAUCGCGCUCGGAAACCAUUACAGCUUUCCAUUGAACGUAGUUGCAACAUGUAUUCAAUUCAUGCGUCGCUUCUAUCUCUACAACUCGCCCAUGACCUACCACGUCAACACCAUCCUGCGUACCAUAAUGUUCAUGGCCACCAAGAUUGAGCUCUUCAACAUCCACGUCUCACAGUACGCAGAAGGCGCCGGGCGCAAUGUGACCACCGAAGACGUUCUCGCACCCGAAUACAUCAUCAUGCAAGGAUUGCGGUACAACCUCGACGUACGCCACCCUUUCCGCGCACUCAAGGCUGGCCACAUGGAACUGCUAGAGAUGGUGCACGGAAAGUACCAGGGACCCGUCCAGGAUAUGACACCAAAGGAAGUGCAGAACAAGAUACUCUCAUUGCCCGCCAAGACCGGUGGUACAGCCAUCAAGAUGCCAGAGAAGAAAGUUGAAGAGCGAAUCCACGCAGCAUACGGCACCGCAACAAACACACUCCGUACUAUUGCCGUACUCACAGAUGCAUACUUCCUCUACACCCCAUCGCAAAUUUGGCUCUCAGCCCACCUCCUCGCAGACGAGCCCCUCACCCUAUUCUACCUCUCUACCAAACUACCCCAAUCACAUCCCCACCACGCCAAACUCCUGUCUACUCUGCGUGCAUGUGCUUCCAUCAUCUCUAGCCACCGCCUAUACGUCAACGCCACGCUCCCCACCGCUGAGCGCGACGCUCGGGAAGCAAAACACAAAGCCGAAGUCAAAGCCCUUGUGCAAAAGUUGAAAAACUGUCGGGACCCAGACAAGGUCGAUCUAGUAAAGUUGAAUCAGGCGCAGAAGAGAGAUGCAGUCCAGGGCGAUGCGCUAGAGGAGAGCAAAGCAAAGAGGAGAAAGCUUGCGAGAGAAGGAUACGAAAAAGAGUCUGAUGCGUUUUGGGGGCCUGAGUUGGUUAAGUCGGACAAAAUGGAGAAGAAUUAA